GUCAAACUUACACAAUUUGAACUCACAAAAAUGGCCAGUCAUCGCGAUGUCGCAAUCAUUGGCGCUGGGCUCUCGGGCCUCGUUCUAGCGUUGUCUCUUCACCAACAGAACAUUCAGUCCACUGUUUACGAGCUCAGGCCUGCGCCUCUCGAUAUUGGAGGCGCUAUCACAGUCUCGCCCAACGCCCUUCAGAUAAUCGACAAGCUGGGUAUCUAUGAAAGUGUUUUGAGUGAGGGAUAUCCUGCCGAGGCUUUUCACUUUCGUUCUCAGGAUGAUAAGCCUUUCGAUGCGUACGAAAUUGGCAGCGUGGAGAAAUAUGGCUACCCCGGCCUUCGCGUCUACAGAAGAACUGUGAUCAAGGCACUCCUCGGGAAAUGUGCUGAGAAGAACAUCAAGAUCGUCUUCGGGAAGAAGUUCAAACAAAUUAUAUCGGAGUCUGAGACUGGGGUGACAUGGGAAUUUGACGAUGGCACAGUUGGCGAAGCUGAUACUCUUGUCGGUACCGACGGUAUUCACUCUCGUGUUCGGUCUUACCUUUACCCGGAUAUUGAGCCCAAGUUUAUGAAUGUCAUGGCUAUUGCAGCGACAAUCAAGACUAGCCAAGUUGAAAUGCCUGAGGAUUACUCCUUGCCUGUCACAAUCAUGAGCAGAACUCACGGCGCGUACAUCCUCGCCCCGAACUUUUCUGAUGGCUCUGAAUUGGUCAUUGUAAAGCAGAGAAGAAUCGAAGAACAUGACCGGGAAGGCUGGAAAAAUAUCUUGGCCGACAAAGAAGGGUCUGUUGAUUUCCUUCGUCAGGGAGUGGAGGAUUUCCCGGAGGUUGUCCGUCAAGCUGUCUCAGCUGUCACACCAGACUCGGUAUCCAUCUGGCCCUUCUAUCAAGUUCCAAAGAUGGAGAGGUGGACGUCAAUUGGAGGUCGAGUCUCUAUUCUUGGAGAUGCUGCGCAUGCCAUUCCUCCGUCGUCGGGACAAGGAGCCAACCAAGUCUUUGAAGAUGCCUAUACCUAUGCCCUGGUGCGUGGUCAGUGCGACAGAGAUUCAUUGGCUUCUGUUUUGCCCAAAUGGCAACGCGGUCGGCAGGAACGGAUUGACCGACUGAUUAUUCUGGCCGCACAGAUGAAUGUCCGUCGCCUGCCCGAGUCUACCCAAAGCGAAUUCUGCAGCGAGGCUGUGGGAACAGAGGAUUUCAACAUGGAGUGGCUCUUCAAGCCCGAUUUAGAUAAGAUGUUUCAAGAAUGGCUUGCUGUCUGAGUUUGAGGGGUGUCACAGUCAUCGAAAUCGGCUUCACCGGUACACUUUUAUCCUAUUUGAAUUCUAUAAUUCAGAUCUCGUGGAUCACCGCCGAUGCGGUUCAUAGUGCCGAUGAGAUUGUAUUUAUCGUC